AUGUUCAUCUUUAUCAAACAUGGAGAUAAUCAGCAGUUUCUGGCCAAUACUAAUUGUUCUGUCCUCCUGCUGCUGCAUUAUGUCCGUCAUGAAGUGGGGUUGCCUAAUACAGACACCAUCGAUUUGUGUGAUGCAAUGGGGACAAUGCAGUUGUUUUUCCUGAUGAAGACCCUUGGAGACUAUGCCAACAAAUUCCUUACAGCUCGAAACACCUACUACGUUUGUAGGGUGGAGCAUGAGGCACCAGGAACUGGACUUGAGAAUGCCUACAGAGCUUUUGUGCCCCUCCUGAAGAACCCAGAACCCAAGAUAAUUGAUGCCUUGCAUACACAAUGUGACCUCCUGCAGAGGGGUCAAAUUGAACUGUUUAGAAGCCAAGAAGCCAAGAAAGUCGCUCCAAUUGAAUCGUCAGUGAACCUCCCAUCCAAAUCAUCAAGACGCUCAGAUGAAGUGGGGACCACUCGCAGUGGUCCACUCUUUAAGACCAGAGCGAACAUUAUCCGUAGUAGGGAUAAACAUCGCUAA